AUGGCUCAGUACUUACGACAAGUCAAGGGCUUCUCCCAAGCUGACAUCGUGCACUACAUCUUUCCAAUAGCAGCUUACGCCCAGUUUGUUUUCGUAGUGCUGCAAGGCUACAUCUGUGAAUUCCUCGGGUACAAGCACGCCAUCAUAAUGGGUGCUGCCGGGAGAGUUUGUACCAGGAUGUGUAUGAUUUACGGUACGGAAAUUUGGCACUUCCAACUGAGCGAAGUUUGCUACAGUACUCAACAACAUCAACUCCUUCGUCUCGCUACCUUACACAGUGUAGGUAUGGGCUCGGCAAUGCUCAUCAUAUUCGGCGGAUAUAUAUUCAAUUUGGUUACGAAGGAGAACUACCAGAAAAUCAUCGCCCUUCAGCAAGUGGCAACUCUCGGUGGACAUGUAAAGUUCUCCGAGAAAUAUGCUCAACGAACAGGGACUAAAUUCUGCCGAGACCGAAGGGUCACCGCCCGAGUAAUCAAAGGUCUAGCAAAGCAUAAAGUGGAGCUAGGGGCACCUCUCUGUCCGUGCCGGGACUACGAUGACAAGGAAGCUGAAGUUACUGUGUGCUCGAAGGCUAAGGACUACUUCAUCAAUAGUAUUGGCAACAGGCCUGUAGCCGUAGUAGUGGUAUGUGGCCUCUACCGUACGGGUAAAUCCUACUUGCUCAACCUAUUGAGCCAUCACCACCCUCACUCUGAGGAGCUCGGAGGUGCCGACAGUCCUGCCUUCACUGUGGGCGCUACUGUCAACGCCUGCACUAGUGGGAUUUGGAUGUGGGCGAGUAGUAUUAGCAAUGAUAAGGGCCCUGUAUAUGUACUGCUCGACUGUGAGGGGUCCGGCAACGUUGAACAUGAUAGAGAUCACGACUCAAUACUCUUCGCCCUUGGUACCCUCUUGAGUGGUUACUUUAUAUACAAUAGUAAAGGCGUGAUCGAUGAGAGUGCCAUACAGACACUGUCGGUGGUCACCUCUCUAGCACAACAUAUACAGAAUGCACAGCAAGACGAAGAUACCUCGAAAUUGCUCUAUCGGACAAGAGUAGUGUGGCGGCGUACCGCAGCCAAGAAAGUCGCGACUGCCGAGAGAAACUUUGCAACACUGGUCACACCAGUAAUCGACGAGGAGAAGCUCCAGGCCUUAGACACCGUACCGUAUUCGCAGCUCAGGAAGGAGUUCCGAGAUCAAGUUGAACUUUUGAAGACAAAAGUUUUCCGAGAUUGCGCGCCGAAAACUAUCAACAACGUGCCCGUGACUGGCAUAAUGUUUGCGAGGCUACUAGAUCAGUACGUCCACUCAAUCAACAGCAAAGAGAUACCCAAGGUGGGCUCGGUGUGGCAGGCGUUGCAGGCUCAAGAGGGGGAGAGGGUGUACAGCAGAUUCAAAAAGGAGUCUUUGGGGGAGAAGAAGGUCGUAGCUCAAUAUAAAGAGCAGUUGAAGGACCUCAUGGAUGAUGUAGAUAAAGAAGUCAUCAACAGCAAUGAGGUGAUGGCUCGAGAAGACUGUACAAGACUGUUGAAGACUCUAUGGCAGCCAAUAGCACAUCGAUUAGAUGCUUAUGAUGAAGUCGAAGCAUACAGUCUGGAGGAGGGUAUCGCCGAAUUUACGAAGGACCUUUCCAAGUUGCGAGAGGCUUAUCAAAAGGAUGCCAGAGGCCCUACCACUGUGGUGAUGGAGACCUAUACGAAAUGGAUGACGCCGAAGCAGGAGAAGGGACUUCUGGACCUCACGCGCAGACAACAGGAGGCGGCUGCUCAGCGAGCGGUGAUGAUGGAGCGAGAACGAGCUAUGGAAAGGGAGCGUGAGCGGUCUGAGAAGGAGUUGGAGGAGAGGAGGGCCAGAGAGCAGCACGAACGGGAGAGGUAUCGUCUGGAGCGUACUGAAAAGAUGAGGCAGGAGGUGAAGGAACUAGCGCACAACAUUGAGGGUAUCGACACUCCCUCUCUCGUGGAUGAGGAGACCGACGAUAGCCAACGACGGAUGACGGAGGACAUGGAGACGGAGAUCGCACAACUCCGAGGGGCGCUGGAUGAUCGAGAUGAUAGGAAUAGGAGAGCUCCGUCAACGGCAGCAUGCUGUAGAUGCACUAUAAUGUAG